UCAACUCACCUACCUUAACUAUUUAUUCAAAUAUCGACUGAUCAAUUUAACCAAGAUCCCAGCCUAAGCUAUUCCACGCCUCAUACAACGUUCCAUCAUGGCAGUUCCAGGACCUGGAUGGGUGCUAUACAUCUUACAUCAGAGCAGUGAUAGGUGGUACAACCACUAUCUAUCAAAAAUACCCAUAAAACCUCUCUCUUGGCACUUUCUCACGCGACGACCCUUUCAUGUUCUUUUGGGCAAAGAUUCCGAUUUCGAUUGCAGUUCCAUGUUCGCCAAGCUGCAAGAAUGUAACCCACUCCACCCAAAACCAGUGCUUCAGUGAUACGGCAAGCGGCAACCGGGUGGCGGGUAUGGUAUUGGCGGGUAGUACAGCAUAUGGUACAAAACCCUUCGACGUAGCUGUCUUCAUUCCAUCUGCCAUUUUAUUUCCUGGGAUCCUCUUGAUCUGCAUGAGCCCAGAAGCAAAGAGAGACGUCGUUAUCAGAUCUGGACAAGGCGACUUCCUAACCAAUACUUUAUCAAAGUGAGCCAGUGCAGUGCACAUAAAGCAGAUCGUCUUGCAACAAUGUCGACCGCUCCGGAGCUCGACUUGGCCGAGGCGGCCAGGGCGCAUGCGCCUAGCAUGGCCAAAGAAGGCAUGACGACUAGGGGAUCAACCGAGUCCCUCAGGGCCGCCGAUGGCGAGAUUUAUCCCACAGACGAGGAGUUCGCGACUCUCCGCCGUGUUCAUGGCAAAGUCAGCUGGCUGAUCUACACUAUUGGAUUGGUUGAGAUGUGCGAACGUUUUGCGUACUACGGUACCACCGCUGUCUUCGUCAACUUCAUUGCCUAUCCUCUCCCUGAAGGCUCCACUACUGGUGCUGGAGGUACCGACAGGCAAGCUGGUGCCUUGGGUCUUGGUCAACAGGCAUCCACGUCUCUAACACUCUUCAACGCAUUUUGGUCCUACUUCAUGCCGCUUCUGGGUGGUUACCUUGCCGAUACUUACUGGGGCCGUUUUAUGACCAUCCAAUAUGCCAUUGUCCUCGCCACCAUCGGUCACAUCUUGAUCAUCGUGGCUGCUAUCCCCUCCGUUAUCACCAACCCCAGCGGUGCCCUCGGGGCCUUCAUCGUCGGCAUUCUCUUCUUCGGCACUGGUGUCGGUUGGUUCAAGGCCAACAUCUCUCCGCUGAUCGCUGAGCAGUACGAAAUGCAACACCCCCGCGCCGUCAUCCAGACUUUACCUUCUGGCGAGCGUGUCAUUGUUGACCCUGUCGUCACAAUUUCCAGAAUCUACAUGCGUUACUACUUCUUGGUCAACGUCGGUGCACUGGUUGGACAGAUCAGCAUGGUGUACGCCGAGAAAUAUGUUGGCUUCUGGCUGUCUUACUUGCUCCCCACCCUGUUGUUUUUCCUUUGCCCCAUUAUCAUGGUUAUCAGCCGCAAGAGCUAUGCUAAGCGCCCCCCUACCGGGUCUGUUCUCGGCAACAUGGCCAAGCUUGUUGCAUUCGGCAUCAAGAAGGGUUCCAUCACAGAGUUGAACAAGGACGUCUUCUGGGACCGUAUCAAGCCCAGCCGUGUUACUGGUGCUGACCGACCCAAGUUCAUGGACACAAUCGACGACGCUUGGGUUGACGAGGUUCGCCGAGGCUUGUCUGCCUGCUAUGUCUUUGCCUUUUUGCCCAUCUUCUGGCUGGCAUACAACCAAAUGAGCAACAACAUGAUCAACCAGGCCGCCACAAUGCGUCUCGAUGGCAUUCCGAACGAUGUCGUCACCAACCUGAACCCAUUUUCGCUUCUCAUUUUGAUUCCCAUCUGCGACAAGCUGAUUUACCCGGCCCUCGCCAAAGCUGGCCUCCGCUUCACUCCCAUCAAGAAGAUUGCGUUGGGAUUUGUUUCGGCUGCACUUUCAAUGGUAAUUGCUGCCAUCAUCCAGCACUUUAUCUAUGUCAAGUCUCCCUGCGGCUACAGCGCCUCGGAGUGUAUCGACCCACCCAACCCCCCUGACAUGAGUGUCUGGAUUCAAACGCCCGCCUACGUUUUGAUUGCUCUGUCAGAGGUUUUUGCAUCUAUCACUGGUCUUGAGUACGCCUUCACCAAGGCACCGCGGAACAUGAGGGGAAUGGUUACUGGUGUUUUCUGGCUCGUCAACUCAAUCAGCGCCGCCCUCGGCUUUGCAUUUGUCGGACUUGCUACCGAUCCACUUCUCGUCUGGCUGUACACCACUGUUGCUAUCGUGAGUGCGGUUGGUGGCAUUGCUUUCUGGUUCUGCUUCCGCAAGCUUGACAAGCAGGAGGAUGAGCUUAACGCCCUUCCCGAAUCGAACUACAAGGGCCGCCACCAUGAUGGUCCCAUGGACGUUGAGAAGAGGGUUAUGGAAGAUGAAGCCGCAACAGCCGCGCCUGCUGCUAAAUCUGCCCCUGCCCCUGCCCCUGCCCCUGCAACCGGUACUGCAUCUGAGGCGGCUGCCGAUGUCGAUGCCGUGACCCCCGUGGAGGCCGACAGCACCGAGAAGCGCCAAUAGCAGACCCGAUGACGUUGCAUUUCGAAGUUGGACGGUCUUGAUUGACUUCCCUCUUUGACUUCGUUUCUCUUUUUGCUUUUUAUCUGGGGCCUGAACACUCGUAAUCUCCCGGGGGUGACAUUUCGGGCCUUGACUGUUAUCAGUCUAGUGUCUUUGACCUGGCACGUUCAUUGUUGAAAAAGGUUUCUGCUUGCUUGAGAAUUAUACCCAAAUACCCAAUAUUUACCAAAGUUUUGUUUGACUGCUCCUUCGUUCUCUGCUUGACUAUUUCUCUAGGAUUGCUUGCUUAUGACGCUCCCCUCCAGUGCUUCCUUGAAACUGGUGCGCUUCACUUUCACUGGACCCUUGAUCUGAUCAAUCCUACCUGAUUGAACAUUGCAAACUGAAUGGAGCGUCCCUGGUCUGUUAAGGCUAGAACGAUUCUCGGGACACGAGC